GGCAACCGCCGCGGCCUAAUCCGGCCCAAGAGGAAGGCGAGGCCUGCGUGGCCUAGCGCCGCCGUCCCGCCUCCCCUUCCUCCGCCCUGUCGAAUCUGCGGCUGGGGAGGAGAGAGAGGAGGCCGGCUCGGCCGCUCCCCGCCCAGCCGCGGUGGCGGCGAAGGAGAAGAAGGCGCUCGUCACCACACCAACCUCUUCCGCGGGGCGGAGCCAAGCCGAGAGGAGGCCGCCCGGCCGGGGAUUUCAUCAUGCUGGGGGCUGGCCUUCUGCAGCCGCCGCUGCUGCUCCAUGCCGUGGCCCCUUAGCGUCCUCCGCGCUGCCUCGCUCGGCCGCCUCAGCAGCAGCAGCAGCAGCCGCCCUCGCGCCCUCCUCCUCCUGGCCCUCCUGCCUCCGAGCUCCGCCGCCGCCGCACUUCACACGCCCCGGGCCGCCAGACCCGCCGCCCCUCGCCGCCGCCCAGCCCCCGCUCCCCCGCCAAACCCCGGCAUCGGUGCCAGCAUGGAUGGGCCCGCCGCAGAGGCGCUGCUGGCUCCGCUCAGGCAGGCGGUGCGGCAGCAGGGAGAACUUGUUCGGAAGCUGAAGGAAGAGAAGGCUCCUCAAGUGGAUGUAGACAAGGCAGUAGCUGAGCUCAAGGCUCGGAAGAGAAUCCUAGAAACAAAAGAACUGGCUUUGCAACCUAAGGAUGACAUUGUGGACAGACCUAAAAUGGAAGAUACCCUGAAACGAAGGUUUUUCUAUGACCAGGCUUUUUCUAUUUAUGGAGGUGUGAGUGGCCUGUAUGAUUUCGGUCCUGUUGGUUGUGCUUUGAAGAACAACAUAAUCCAUGCCUGGAGGCAGCAUUUCAUCCAAGAAGAGCAGAUCCUUGAGAUAGACUGCACCAUGCUCACACCAGAGCCUGUUCUGAAGACUUCUGGCCACGUAGACAAAUUUGCAGACUUCAUGGUGAAGGAUAUGAAGAACGGGGAGUGUUUUCGAGCUGAUCACCUCUUAAAAGCACAUUUACAGAAGUUGAUGUCGGACAAGAAAUGUACAGCUGAGAAAAAGACUGAAAUGGAGAAUGUGCUAACACAGCUGGACAACUAUGGCCAGGAAGAGCUUGCAGAUUUGUUUGUCAAUUACAACGUGAAGUCCCCCAUUACAGGAAAUGAUCUGUCCCCUCCGGUGUCGUUCAACCUGAUGUUCAAGACCUCUAUUGGGCCAGGAGGAAACAUGCCAGGUUAUCUGAGGCCAGAAACUGCGCAGGGCAUCUUCCUGAACUUUAAACGGCUUUUGGAAUUUAACCAAGGCAAACUGCCUUUUGCUGCUGCUCAGAUUGGGAAUUCCUUCAGAAAUGAGAUCUCUCCUCGCUCAGGCCUCAUCAGAGUCAGAGAAUUCACGAUGGCAGAAAUUGAGCACUUUGUGGAUCCCAGUGAGAAGCAUCAUCCCAAGUUCCAGAACGUAGCAGACCUCCACAUCCUCCUAUAUUCCUCCAAAGCUCAGACUAGUGGGCAGUCGGCUCGCGUCAUGCGUCUGGGGGACGCCGUUGAACAGGGUGUAAUCAAUAACUCGAUGCUGGGUUACUUCAUUGCCCGCAUCUACCUCUACCUCACAAAAGUUGGCAUCGCUCCAAACAAGCUGCGUUUCCGACAACAUAUGGAGAAUGAAAUGGCUCACUACGCCUGUGACUGCUGGGAUGCAGAGUCCAAAACAUCUUAUGGAUGGAUUGAAAUUGUUGGCUGUGCUGACCGCUCCUGUUACGACCUCUCCUGCCAUGCCAGAGCAACCAAAGUUCCUCUUGUCGCUGAAAAGCCUCUGAAGGAACCAAUAUCAGCAAAUGUUGUUCAGUUUGAAGCAAAUAAGGGAGCUGUUGGCAAAGCUUACAAGAAGGAUGCCAAGUUGGUGCUGGAAUACCUUUCCAUCUGUGAUGAGUGUUACAUCAACGAGAUGGAGAAACUAUUGAAUGAAAAAGGGGAAUUUACUAUUGAAACUGAAGGGAAAACUUUUCAAUUAACAAAGGACAUGGUCAGUGUGAAGCGGUUCCAGAAAACCUUACAUGUGGAAGAAAUUGUUCCCAAUGUGAUUGAGCCUUCGUUCGGUAUUGGAAGAAUCAUGUAUACGGUAUUUGAGCACACGUUUCGCAUUCGGGACGGAGAUGAGCAACGAACGUACUUCAGCUUUCCUGCUGUGGUGGCGCCAUUCAAAUGCUCUGUCCUUCCCUUGAGCCAGAACCAGGAAUUCAUGCCAUUCGUGAAGGAACUAUCUGAAGCCCUCACCAGAAAUGGAGUCUGUCACAAGGUGGACGACUCGUCUGGAUCCAUUGGCAGGCGUUACGCCAGAACUGAUGAGAUUGGUGUGGCUUUUGGGAUCACGAUUGACUUCGACACAGUCAACAGGACACCUCAUACGGCCACCUUACGUGACCGUGACUCAAUGCGCCAGAUACGAGCUGAGAUCUCUGAGCUUCCUAACAUAGUCCGGGACCUUGCCAAUGGUAACAUAACCUGGACUGUCGUAGAGGCAAAGUAUCCACUCUUUGAGGGACAAGAGACUGGCAAAAAGGAGACAAUAGAGGAAUAAAGCUGACAGCCGGAGAGGAAUCCUCCUCAAGAAGUCCACUUUUUACUGUUCAUAUUAAUAUGAAAAUUAUCAUGUAUUAUUCAAAACCACAUUGUUCACGCACCCAGGGACUGUUUGGUUAUUUUCCCCCCUUCUCAGUUGCUGCCUAAUUUUGACCCCCAUCUCCAAUAACCACAAUUAAAGUGAAUAAAAAUGCCACUGAAUUGGCCUUCUUUCA